AUGGACAAGCUAAACAUUCAAUUCGGUGAGAUUUCAUUUUCUUGCCUAUCUGAGAUAGCUACUGUGCUGCAUGCACCCAUAGUUGCACCUACCUACCUGAAUCCAUUGAAAAAGUUGGUUUCCGAUGCAUCAUCGCCGGCAACAGUAAAUCGCAAACAGACACCGACGUCAUCGUCUUGGGUGAAAGAUAAGGGGUCGUUAUCGGAUGAUGAGGAGAAGAAAGAGCAUAUGAGAUUCGCGCAAGUGAAUAGGAAGAAAGAUUUUGUUCACUACGAGAGAGUGAAUGGGGAAAUGGUAAACGUGGUUGAAGGUGUUGAAUUACAUACUGGGGUUUUCGACGCAGAAAAGCAGAUGAAGAUUGUUGAAUGCGUGUAUAAGUAUCAGCAAUUGGGUAGGAAAGGGCAGCUUAGAGCAAGGACAUAUUAUGAACCAAAGAAGCGGAUGGGGCGCAAAGGGCGUACAAUUAUUCAAUUUGGUGGUUGUUACAAUUAUGCAGUGGACAAAAAUGGCAAUCCUCCUGGUAUAAUCAGAGAUGAAGAAGUGGAUCCAUUGCCUGCUGUGUUCAAGCAAAUGAUUAAGCGGAUGGUCAGGUGGCAUAUUUUGCCUCCAACAGCUAUCCCUAAUAGCUGCAUUGUGAACAUUUACGAAGAGGGAGAUUGCAUUCCUCCUCAUAUUGACCAUCACGACUUUAUUCGACCGUUCUGCUCUGUGUCAUUUCUGUCAGAAUGCAACAUUGUUUUUGGCUCAAGUUUGAAGAUUGUUAAUCAUGGCAUUGGAGAAUUUUUUGGUCCUGUUUCGGUACCUCUACCAGUCGGAUCGGUGCUUGUUUUACAAGGUAAUGGAGCUGAUGUUGCGAAGCAUUGCGUACCUCGUGUUCCAUCUAAACGAAUUUCCCUUACUUUUAGAAGGAUGGAUGAAAGCAAAUUGCCUUACAACUACAAACCUGAUCCAGAGCUUAUGAGAAUUCAACCUAUUAUUCUUCGUUCCCCUCAAUUUAAAGAAUCAUCAACUCCACAAAGAGUUGGCACAAAUGAAAAGGUCAAUCACGAUAAACCCCGUUCUUUUCUUGCAUAUGCAACGAACCAGAACAUCCUUGCUGCAAACGAAGAAUUUCCGCCCCUCUCGAAAGCUUCAGUUUUUCAAGCAAGAACAAGACUCAGAACCUGGCCAUUACCUACAACUUUACUUUCUCCAUCUAUUGGAGUAUUGGACAUGCUACUUCAACUCAAUAAUAUUCUUGGUUCAAAUAUAGAAAAACUUACUCACUAA